AUGGAACAAUAUAUAAGACCAAUAACCAAACCAUGUAUUAUGAUACAAGUUGAUAUAUGGUUACAGAAUAAUAUUACAGAAAAAUUAAAUGAAUUUACUCAUAAAAAUAUAAAAUAUUGGGGUUUACAAUAUACUAAUUUUGAGCAACAGUCAAAUGAAAAUAUCAAUUCAAUCAUUAAUCCUGGUAAAGAAUAUCAACUGAUUAGUAGUUGUCGUGUUCCUCUAUCUGCACUUAUUUUCUCUUCACAUGGUAAUAUACCAUCACGUUGGUAUCCAUUAACAUCUUUUGUUAAUGAUGAUGACAAUUCAUCGAUUUCUUGGCAAAAAAAUGGACAAAAUUCUAUUGUAGCAUUUCAAAAUGAAUUUGAAUUAUGGAAAGAUGGUCUAGAUGAAUAUGGCUGUCAAUAUAAACAUUUCACAAUAUAUCUUAAUUUUGCAUGUCUUCCAAAAAUCAAACAAUUAUUAAACGAUAAUCUUAAUUUCAUUAAUCCAUUACAUAGAAAUUAUACUAUCGAGAAUAAUUUCAAAGCCUAUACAUUUGUUCGUUUUCAAUUUCCAAAUUAUGGUACACAAAUGUCUCAGUUAAUUUUCUUGCCAAAUGAUGAUGAUCAUGUAUCAGAUAGACAAUCUAAUAUUGUUGAGUUCAAAGAAUAUAAAGAAUUUGUUAUUCCAGUCAGUACAGAAUUACGAAAUUUCUUGGCCGAAUCUACACUUGAAUUUCAAGUAUGGAUUAUUUGGACAGAUGAUGAAAAUUUAAAAGAAUUAGACAAGAAUGAUGAUAAAUACGAAACUGGACUACAAAAGUUUAUCACCUAUGAACUGAACAAUAAAGAAUACUUAAAAAGAUAUCAAGUUCCUGCACCUCGUCAUAUUGGCACAGCAAUUAUCCCAUUGUAUCAUCUAUUGUAUCCAAGACCACAAGCUACAUCACAUCCAAACACUAAUUCUAUCAACUGUUUAGAUGGUGAUCCAUCUGGGAUACGUUGGUGGAAUAAUCAACGACAAGGGAUGGGAACAGAUAGUAUAAAUUCAAGUGGAUUGGCAGUGUUUCCUUUAUAUCGUGCAAAUACAGCAAAUCUUUAUGAUAGUUGGAUUGCUGUACAUAUUGAAAUGACAGGAUCAAAAACUGAAAAUUGUUUAUGGUCGAAACGAUAUCAUACUUGUAAAAUGAAUAAAUUAAUUAUACCUGAAAUUGAUGGACAUUUGGGAUGGAAUUUAAAACAUUACAAAAUACCUUCUCCAUUGAUCAAUAACCCAUUACAUAACAGUAAUAAUAAUUGUAAUUUAACUACCGAAUUAUAUGCUGAUAAUUAUCAAAAAACUGAAACAUUUCCUGCUGAAAUUAUUGUUGAAAAAGCAUAUCAUUUACGUUUAUCUCAUCAUAAUAAAUUUGAUAAUUCCACUGAAUCAAGUGAAAACAGUGAACCAUACUUUAAGACAAUUGAUAAUAAUAAUAAUGAAACAGCUGAUUAUUCUGUAUUUGUUACAUUUCCUGUGGAUGGUGGUAAUCAUUAUUGUUCAAAUAAUAAUCCACUGAAUAAACAUUCCGUUAUUGGUGAUACUAAUCAAGAUGAAAGAUUAUGGAAACAAAUUACUAAAUUAUCCAAUAAUAAUUCAAACCGUAUAGCUGCAACACCAAAAGUUAAAAAUCUCGAAUAUGCACAUUGGAAUUAUUGCCGUUUUAUUCGUAUAUCAUUAGAGUUGGUACAACCUUCAUGUAAUCAGGGAUUAAUGUUUUAUGUAUGGGCUGUGAAACAUGAUAAUGAUUAUUUUGAUUUGAAUAAUGAUAGUAGCUAUAUACCAAAAUUAAUCGGUAUUGCUACAGUCGAUUUAACUACUCUAUCACAUCUAUUCACCGAUCCGAUUCAUUCAACUAAUAAUGAAUUUAAUCAAAUUUAUGGUUGGUAUCAUGUACUAAACAAUGAUACAGGAUGUCCAUCUGGUCAAAUUUUAAUUGGAGUCAAACCAUUAAUUAAUAUUGGACAACAACAGCAAGUUAAUUAUUAUUCUUCAUCACUGAACAAUAAUGAAUUUACCACAAAUAAUAACUUCAGUUGGCUAUCACACAAUGUAUACACUGAUCAGAUUAAACCGUUUGGAAAUUAUUCCAUUUUUGAACAAGAUUUAAAUUCGACAUUAUUAAACUGUGAUUUGGCGAAAUCAACGCACUCAUUAAUUGAUUGUAAUACAGGCAAAAUAUCUGAUGAUAUACUUGUGAAUAAAGAGGAAUCUAAUCAUUCUGAAUUAAAUCGUUCUGUGUUAUUCGAGAAUUUAAGAACACGUUUAAACGAACUAGAUGAAAUAAAUACUAAAUUGAAGAAUCGUUUAAAUUUAUCAACAUUCAAUGAAAAAUUUUUUAGUCAUGCUGAUAAUAACACUAAUGAUAAUAAUAAUAAUAAUAAUAAUUGUAAUGAUGAUAAAAAUGUGAAAAAUAAUUCAUUUUUUAAUCAAUCAUCUGAAAAUAAAUUACAAUUCUUAAAUGAAGAAAAAGAUUAUUCGAACUUGAUGAUGAAUGGUCUAUCACAUUCUCAGCAUCAACGACAUCAUAGUCAGCAUUCGGCAGAUUUACAUGUUAAUGAUGGAAAUACGUUGUAUGUAAAUAGUCAAUUUCAAUGUACAGUUCUACAGUCUCAAUUAAACCAGGAUAGUGAUGAUUAUACAUAUUCCACACAUAAAAUAAAUGAUGAUUACACAAUAAAUAAGUUUAAAAAUCACUGGAAUCAUAAUUUUACCAUCGAUAAUUCUUCAUUAAAAAAUUCUACCAACGAAAUUAUUGAAUGUUUAAUUUCAAACUCAUUAAAACAUUCUACUGAAAAUAGAAGACUGAACACUGUGGAAAAAGACAAUGACAGCAAUAAUAUUGACGUUGAAAGUGCAUUGACAAAUGAUGGUGAUAAUGAUGAUGAUACUAACACAGGUAAGGAUGAUGAACAGUCAGAGAUUUCUGUGGUUUCACCUUUGCUGCAUGAUCAAUCUUCAAAUAUUUCUGAUGCUCAUGAUUAUAAUGACGAUGACGACAUCAUCAGUAUAGGAACAGACAUUCAACAUGUCACAAGUUGUAAUGAAAUUUCUCAAGAAGGUGGUGGUAGUUAUGAUACUGAUUAUAAUAAAGAUGAAAAGAAACUUGAAGAAGAUAAUAUCAAGCAACCCCAUGAUAAUAACAACAAUGAUAGUAGAAGCAGUGAUAAAAUAGUGCACAAUGAAAGCGGAAAAUAUUCACCAAUGAAUAACAAACUAUCACAUAAAGAAAUUCAUCAUGUAUUAAAUGAAAUACUGGAUAAAGAAAGUUUAUCUGAAACUUCAGCUUCCUCUGUAUGGUUACCAGAUGACGAUGACAAUGUUGAUAAUAAUAGUAAUAAUAGUGUUUUACAUGAAAAUGAUCCAAAUUCAUUAUAUACACAAUCAACUAUUACACAAUCACCUCCAUCAAUCGAUAAUCAGUCAAUUAGAGAAGUUGAAGUUUCAUUGACAAAUAGUCAUAUUUUUCAGAAUAUGCAAUUAGAUAAACCAAUCAUAUCGCAUGAAAAUGAAUUAACUCAGAACAGACGUAUUCAAAAUGAAGUGUAUGGAUCGAAUGAAGAGAAAACGGAUAAAAACAGAGAUAAUGAAGAACAAAGAGAAAAAGGAAAAUUACUCCCAUUAAACAAUGAUGAUGAUAAUAGUGCUGGACUUUCUGACAACUCAAAGCUACUAGACAAAGAUGAUGAUUUAGCUGAAACUAGUCGGUGGGAUACAGAACAACCAUUAUCAAUCAAUUCAAAAUUAACACCAAUGUUCAUUCCUAAUUUCUUUCCUUCUACAACUCGUAUAGAAGAAUUAUUUACCAGCAGAACAAAUGAUUGUCAAGAGGACAAUAAAUCAAUGGAUUCUAAUACAAAUUUAAGUAUGAAUAAUAAAAAUAUAGAUUCUUUGAGGAGUCGCUUGAAUAAUCGUUUAUCAGAAGCUGUUCGUCACACAAUAAAUACAUCAAUGACAGAUAACAACUCUCAAACAAACAAUAGUACAAAUUUUAUCAUAAAUGAUACAUUAUCCGCUUUAAUUACAAAUGGUUAUAAGACAAGAAGUUUAAAGAAAGCAGAACGUGUUCUUAACAUGACAUUGAAAUGAAAUUACUUUCAUUAAAUUUUUAUUACAACAUUAUCUAUUUAACUGGUGAAAACAAGUUUUUAUUACCAUUCCAAAUAUUUCACCUAACAACUAUUUUGUGACGUCUUUUUUUUCCUUGUACAUAAAAAAAAACAUACAUUACAACCCAGUGAAUUUAUGUUAAAAUUAUUCUUAUCAUUUUAUUAAUUUUCACCUAAGUAAGAGAGAACGAUGUGAAGCUAAAUAAUGC